UGUACUUUUGGAUAAGAAAAUCAGGAUUCUUCUUCUUCCCAGCUACACUGAGCUCGGACUCAAAAAUCGAAAGCAGUGGGACUAUAAUGCGCUCGCAUUCCGGCGGUUUACCCAAGGAGCAGGAGCACGCUAUCAUUGUCUCCGCCCUCAAACAGGUAGUCCGCGGUGGCGUUAGAACAAACAAUGCACCCUCCCAGGCCCACCAGCCACCGCCGCCGCAGCGGAUCUAUUAUGCCUCAUCAUCAUCACUUCCUCCAACGGAAGGCGCCGAUCAAGUCGUGAUACCGUAUUCGGAUUCUGACACGUGUGAGGUAUGUAAGAUGGAGAUGGACGAUUGCCUUGGCUGUGGCUUGUUCCCGUCAAGCGAGCAAUACAAAGGGAAAGGGAAGAAGAUGAAGACUAGCGAGUACAGGGGAGUGCGGCAGAGACCAGGGGGCAAAUGGGCGGCGGAGAUUCGGGACCCGCGUCGCGCUGUUCGGGUUUGGCUCGGGACGUUUCAAACGGAGGAGGAGGCAGCCAGGGCUUAUGACACGGCGGCCCUCGAGUUUCGUGGAGCUGACAGAGCUAAGCUAAACUUCCCCUCAUCCUCGGACACUGGUACUACCAGUAGAGCAUUGACUGAUGAGACCAACAGUCAAAACGAGUCCAGGAAGUCGUAGACAAGCUACUAAAGAACCAGGGUGAACUGAGUGACUGAGAUUUGCUACUUUUGGCGAUUGUGACAGUGACAGCGGAUAUUGUGCAACACCUGAAUAUAUAAAUUCCUAUUAUAUUUACCUUGUACCAUAAUAGGCAGGGGCGGAUCUAGGUAGUGGUUUGGGCGGGCUGGAGCUCGUCCGAGAUUUUUUGGCUUAAAAAAAAAUUAGAUGUAAACUUUAAUUGAUGUGUGUUUAAUUAAUUUCAAAACUUAUCAAGGUCGA